CCGGGGAGCCGCCUGCCGCGGCGCGGAGCCUUGGAGGAGCGGGCCGGGAGCUGAGGGGGGCGGAGGAGGCGGAGGCGGAGGCGAGCGGGGCGCCGAUGGAGCGGGCGCUGGGGCUGCCCGCAGAAGAGGACCUCUUCCACAAGAGCCUCGCCGCCUCGGCCAAGCGCAUGGAGUCCGCCUUCCGCUCACCCCCGGGGCUCGACCUCUCCCACCCCCGCGACCGCCAGCCCUCGCCGCUCGCCUGCUACGAGGCGUCGGAGCCCGAGGCGCUGCUGCAGCCCGGCGUCGGCGGCGACCCGCUGGCGCUACCGCCGGGCUCCGUCUGCGUCAAGUACGGCGAGAGCGCCAGCCGCAGCUCGGUGGCCGAGAGCAGCGGCGGCGAGCAGAGCCCCGACGACGACAGCGACGGCCGCUGCGAGCUGGUGCUGCGCGGCGCCGGGGGGGACCCGCGCGUCGCCUCGCCGGCGGCGGGCGGCGGCGGAGGGGGGGGCGGGGGGCUGAAGGCGGCCGAGGGCAGCUGCUCCAACACCCACGGGCACGGCGGCAGCAAGAAGUCCAAGGAGCAGAAGGCGCUGCGGCUCAACAUCAACGCGCGGGAGCGGCGGCGGAUGCACGACCUGAACGACGCGCUGGACGAGCUGCGGGCGGUCAUCCCCUACGCGCACAGCCCCUCGGUGCGGAAGCUCUCCAAGAUCGCCACGCUCCUCCUGGCCAAGAACUACAUCCUGAUGCAGGCGCAGGCCCUGGAGGAGAUGCGGCGCCUGGUGGCUUAUCUCAACCAGGGCCAGGCCAUCUCGGCCGCCUCCCUGCCCAGCUCCGCCGCGGCGGCGGCGGCAGCGGCGGCGGCGCUGCACCCCGCCCUCGGCGCCUACGAGCAGGCGGCCGGUUACCCCUUCAGCGCCGGGCUGCCUCCCGCCACCUCCUGCCCGGAGAAAUGUGCCAUCUUCAACAGCGUCUCCUCCAGCCUCUGCAAACAGUGCACGGAGAAGCCUUAAGCGCCGCCGCCGUGGUCGCCCCCCGCCGCCGCCGCGGCCCCGGGGAGCGACGACUGCCGGCGGCCCGGUCCCGGGCUGGGGGGCGCGGAG